CUUUCGGGUCCUCAGGUCCAAGAUGACGAAGAAGAGGCGGAACAACGGCCGCGCCAAGAAGGGCCGCGGCCACGUGCAGCCCAUCCGCUGCACCAACUGCGCGCGCUGCGUGCCCAAGGACAAGGCCAUCAAGAAGUUCGUCAUCCGGAACAUCGUGGAGGCGGCGGCCGUGAGGGACAUCUCGGAAGCGAGCGUGUUCGACGCCUAUGUGCUCCCCAAGCUGUAUGUGAAGCUCCAUUACUGUGUGAGCUGUGCCAUUCACAGCAAGGUGGUCAGAAACCGAUCUCGGGAAGCCCGCAAGGACCGGACCCCUCCACCCCGAUUCAGGCCUGCCGGUGCUGCUCCACGACCUCCACCAAAGCCCAUGUAAGAAGCGUGGUCUUUUUAAGGGCUGAAGAAAACUUGUCCUCUGGAAAAAUAAAGUGGAAAUUUAUGCUUUA